UGUGGGCAGCAGGAACAGUAGCAGCCAUGUCCUCCAUUACCUUCCCAGCAGUCUCUGCUCUGGUGUCACACUGCGCAGCACCUGACCAGCAAGGUGUGGCCCAGGGGAUGAUCACAGGUAUCAGAGGUCUAUGUAACGGCUUAGGACCGGCUCUCUACGGCUUCAUCUUCUUCCUAUUCAACGUGGAGCUGAAUGAUGUCCCGCACGUGGCAGGAAGACCCCCACAGCACAAAGAGAAGGCCAUGAUCCCCGGUCCUCCCUUCCUGUUCGGAGCGUGCGCCGUGUUUUUUGCUCUCAUUGUUGCCUUCUUCAUCCCAGAUGACCACCGACUGGUCGACACCAAGACCUGCUCCACCCGCAAGACCAGCAGCGCCUCCACCGCACACGCUCAGAGCGCCAGCCCUCUGGCCACGCCCACCAGUGACGCAGAGGACAUCGAGCCGCUCCUACAGGACAGCAGCAUGUGACUGACAAGCAGUCCAGCCAAUCACGGUGCAGCGGCCUUGAGCACAGUCUGCUAGACCUGCCCCCCCCCCCCUUCAGAAUAAACUUUUUUAUUUUUUUUAUUUUUUCAGAUACAGACUGUCCCGUCAAGGAACGUUAGGCGGCAAUCAAACUGACAAGUUAACAUUUCUUUACAUGAUGCAUGGUAUUUAUUUCCUUAUGUUUAUGUUGCGCUAAUUGAUUUUAAUUAUAUUCAGAUUGGUCUAAAAUGUAGCUUCAACAUUUGAAAUCUCCAAGGACUGGUUGUUUUAGUCUGCUACUUCCAGUUCUAUUUUCUUUUUUGAUGAAAACAAAAACGGAAUUCAUUACAUUUAGCCUGUAUGUUCGAUUGGGCGACAGUACAUGAGUCCGAGAAAGAUGACAAUGUUGGUCAAGAUCAAAUUAUUAUUAUUAUGAAUUUGAAUCACUCAAACACCAGGACUAUAGCUUGUCCUUCCAUGUCAGUGAACUAGUUUUGGAUCUUUAGACUUUAUCCUCCAUCCGGUAGAGAUCCGUGAUGGAGGUAGUCAUGGGAACAGAUGUAACCUUGGAUAUAGUUUGCUGAAGUAUAACACACCAUGCAUAUCACUCACAUUUUUAAAGCUUUCAGUCUGGUUGCCGCCUAAUAUCUCACUUUAAGAGUCAUAUUGCCUCUGUGUGCAUCUGCUGCACCUAUCUCCACCCGUCAGGUCUGCAAAGGUCAGCAGAUCAAACACCCAUCACAUGCAAUGAGGGACAACAAGAAGCUACCGACUGUUUAACUUGAAACUUCAUCACGACGGGAGAUAAGGCGGAUCUGCUGGGCAUUGUGGGAUAUGACACGGGAGAUGGUGUUAUAUCAGUGGAUAAACAGUCACCAAGACAACGGACUGUCGACCACACUGAGCAUGUGCAAGAUCCGAACAGCUGUGACAUCAUCCUCUACUGCUGUUGGUUUUCAUAUUGAGGAAGAACUAGAAAAAUGAUUUAGAAAAUGAGACGACGGUUGAUUUUAGAUGCGCUUGUACGGAGCUGGGGAGGUGUCAUAUAGGGGGGGGGUGGCUUUCUGAGAACCAUUUAUUGAUUUAUGCUCUGAAUUUAAUGUUACUUUGCCUCCUCCUCUCUUGGGAUGAUAGGAAUGAGUCUCUAGCACAUUUCUCUGGAACCUGAUGUAUUUUCUGCACCUGUGGUAGCUAAAACUUGAUGCCCAUUAGGAAAGUAUAUCAUUAAGGAAACGCUGCCUCGCAUGCUUUUCUGAACGCUGAUGCCCCACCACAUGCAGCUGGUUUCCUUUCUAUUCUUUGCGCCCUUGCUGCUCAGACAGCCUCUAUCCACCUCUGCUGUUAAAUCAAUUGAAUCUCAAAGACAAAACAACGUUGUGUUUAACAGAACAAAUAUGGAGUAUAUCAGUAGAGUCUCAGAUCUGUUAUAGUCUGUCUAGUGAGAAACUGAAGUUGGAAACUUGUAUUAAAUCCAGAGCAUAAAUGAGUAAAUCCAGAUGUUCCCUCCAUCACACCCCCCGGCUCAGUGCGCUUCAUUCAUCUCACCAGAUCACAUUUUAUUAUCGGGUCUAUCGCCCUCUCCUCGUCUGUUCUUCUGGCGUUUAAAUACUUGAAGUGUGUUACGCUUGUCAGUUAUUUCCAGGCUCUGAAACUCGAGGAACUGAUGUUCUUUGUCUGACUUUGACCUGUGCAGCUAACACGGUUUUUCUCGUCUGUAGUCAGAUUUUUAAACAACAAAAAAGUCCCGACUCCAUUCUUGGGGUUGUUGACCAAAUAGUGCCAUUUCUUUUCUUGUUGAGUUUUCUGUUUCUAUUCUUUUGUCACUUUUUUCUGAUGUUUUUAAGAAAUAUCUUUCCCAAAAAUAACACCCUCUCUUAGAAUCAGAGAACAAACGGCCAAUAGUGUCCCUCUCUGGUUAGACGUGAUCCAAAAGACCCCCCCCCACCCCAUCCCCCAAUACUUAACUUCCACACCAGUGCAUGCUGGGACAGUCACCAUGUCCAGUGAUGGAUGUGAUGUUUAAAGGACUACAUCGAUGUCUUGUAACCUGUUACUUUACCUUUUUGCACACCCGUCUUCAUUACAUCACCAUGUUUGACGUCACAUGGUCGGCCUGCAGAGAGAGAGAACUCAAAUAUUUCCUGUUAUUAUAAAUUGGUUAAAUAUGUGUGCUUCUAUCCACCUGUUUUUAUGAGUUUUUCAAAUUGUGCAUUUAAAAACCUGAGUGAAGAAGCCAAAACAAUUUAGAAGAUGGUGUAUGGAUAGAAAUGCAACAAAGUGAUGUGUAUUCCCCUUUAACACUUAUUUUAACAAUUUCUUCAUAGAAUAAAACCAUUUCAAAACAAGUUGAGAUACAGCACCAUGCAAUUGUGUUCAUGAAAGCACCAACAAGGAGGGUUUUCAAAAGUCAUUGCAUUGCUUUAAAACACACUUAGACAUUUUAUUUUAUAUUAAUAAGUAUUGAGUGCAAUGGCUUAUCUCUCGUCUUUUUAUGUCUCUGCUAUUUUCAUCAAAAUGAACAGAAACAAGCGGCUGCCUUAAAGGAAGACGGACCAUUUAAAAACUGAUGGAGAAUAAGCAGCAACACAUGAACCUCUGAUAUAUAAUGUUCUUAUUUUGUAUGUGAUAAGCGAUCAAUCCAUUUCUGAAAUUCUGUCCAUUCAUCUCACAUCCUCCUACAGUCCAAAUUAUUGUAAAAGAAACAGCUGCUUUUAAAGUUCUAUCUGAUGUGCGGGAACCCCUAGUUUCUGACGGGUCUCCGUCACAGUUCUCCGUUACAGACGUUACAAAAAUAACAAAUGUUAGGCCUGCAUUCGAUGUCAAAUCAUAGCUGGCGUUUUUUAUUCAACAUGACCUGAAUGCAGCAUCAAACGUCGUUGUGGAAACACCUGAGGGAGAUGAUGGUCUGUGUAGCUUGAUGAAGCGCAAUCACGUUACAAUUUUGUCCGAUUCAUGUGGAAGAGUUUCUCAACUUCAAUCUUUAAAACAUGCAAUUAUCUUUCCUUUAAGCUCUCAAUCGAUCCAAAUUGUUUUGUUUCGAUUUUUAAAUAUUCAAUCUCAUGUUUCUCUCUUUCUCAAAGAUGAUGUCAAAAGCAGAAGUUGGACCUACAGUAUAUUUUUCUACAGUCAAUCUGAACCAAUCAAGAUCCCAGAAUGCAUCAGUGUUUUUAGCUAGUUCUCCUCCUGUGUGCUGUCCGGUCUUUAUGUUGCUGCUGCAUUCACGUCUCAUGGGAAAACAUGGACAACACUUCCUGCGCGCGCUGCUAACAUGGAUCCAUGCAUACAACUGCAAAUGUCUUUUUAAAUCUUGUUACCUGAAACUGAAUGUCAUUGGUCAGCAGUGGGACAUUUGAAUGAGUAUAUCUCACCGUAUUUAAAACAUGUCAUGUAUUGCAAGUGUAUUUGUUCAUCGUUAUACUUAUCCAGCUGUUUAGACUUUUAACACGCCAGAGCUUUUGUAGAAAAACCUGAUACAUAUUUUAGAAUAAUUCAAAUAGGUAAUGCUUUGGUAGCAACACCUUCAAACAAACUUGGAUGUACUUAUCUUAGAAUUAAGUGUUACUCCGUGUUGAAACAUGUGAAGUUCCACUUUCCGAUGGGACGUGAAGCGACAACAUGGCCGACAGUUGAAAGUCACCAUGCUGAUGAUGGCUCUGUUUUUGUACGUCGCCACUAGUUACUGAAUAUACAUCUUUAAGAGGACUUUGAUUUGAGUUCAUGAUCAUUAUUCAAACUUCCUCCUUCUUCCUACCCACUCCUCUUCCUCCUUCUUCCUCCCCACUCCUCUUCCUCCACACUCCUCUUCCUCUCACUUCUCCUCUUCUUCGUGUACAUGAUGCAGACCAGUUGCUGAUGCUGCACUUUAGUGUCUCUGAACGGGUGCCUCUAAUCAUUCUCCGUGUUCAUAUCAGUUUUGAUAUAAACUAAGGGACGCUGAAUGACGUCUUUGUGUUGUGCAUUUGCAGUUGCUUUCUUUGAUCUUAUUAAGAACAUAAUUUUGAAUAAUAUCUAUAAUAAUAAUAAUAAUAAUAAAGAGAAAUGUAUGGAAUUUGA